AUGAUGGUACGCUUACUACUUAUAAUAUAUGUUCUGUGCUUUACACAAAUUUCUCAUCAAUUAAAUAAUGGGCUUGGUCGUACUCCUCAGAUGGGAUGGAAUAGUUGGAAUCAUUUCCAUUGUUCUAUCAAUGAGACGACCGUACGACAAACAGCUGAUGGCAUUGUUGCAACGGGUCUUGCUGCUGCUGGAUAUCUAUAUGUGAAUAUGGACGAUUGUUGGCAAAAAAGUCGCGAUUCACAAGGAACAAUACAAGCUGAUCCAAUCGCUUUUCCAAAUGGUAUUCCAGCGUUGGCUGAUUAUGUUCAUUCAAGAAAACUUAAAUUUGGUCUCUAUUCAGGUGAACAGAUCAGAGUUGAAUUCUUUUACCUAAACGAGAUACAUUUAGAUCGAGGAUAUAAAACAUGUGCAGGUCGACCUGGUUCAUUAGGAUAUGAAACAAAAGAUGCAAUUACAUAUGCGCAGUGGGGUGUUGAUUAUUUGAAACUUGACAGCUGUUACACUGAUGGAACACCAACCGAAGUUGAAUAUUCGAAAAUGCGCGAUGCAUUGAAUGCUUCAGGAAGAGCAAUCUUCUAUUCGUUAUGUGGCGGUGUAACUGUAAACGAUGCCUGGCCUCCCAAGGUUGGAAACAGUUGGAGAACGACUAACGAUAUUCAGGAUAAUUGGUUUUCCAUGAUCAACAAUAUCGAUUUUAAUAAUUAUUUCACAGAAAAGGCAGGACCAGGCGGUUGGAAUGAUCCUGAUAUGCUUGAAAUUGGCAAUGGUGGCAUGACUGACACUGAGUAUCGAACUCAUUUUUCUCUUUGGUCUAUCAGUAAAGCUCCGCUAAUUAUCGGAUGCGAUGUAACAAAAAUGAGUGCGGCUACGAUAGUCACUCUCACAAAUCGCGAAGUCAUUGCUGUCAAUCAAGAUCCAUUGGGUGUUCAGGGAAAGAAAAUUGCUUUGUUUUCAGCUCAGCUGUCUAAUGCAUCCAGUGGAGUUCAGGUUACCAACAAUACACCGGCAGGAAAUUUCGAUCUACGACGUCGUCAAUGGAUAUACGACGUACAAGAUGGAAGUAUUCGAUCCGCAUAUAGUGGCAAAUGUCUGUCCAUCUUUCGUUGUAAUCCAGGACAACCAGCGCAUCUCUUUCUCGACAACUGUCAAAUUGGUGAUCCACAUGCUCAAUGCCAAGGUAAAAAUCAACAAUGGUUAGCUAAUACAACAAAUCAAAGUAUUGUUUCCCAAAUGAAUGGACUGUGCUUAGCCGUUGAUGUUUACGGUAACGAUGGUCCGGCUGUCAAUACAUUUGUGUGUAAUCGUCAAGAGAAUCAAAUCUGGAUGUGGAAUACAACAGAUGGAACACUACGAAAUAAACAUCAAAACGAAUAUUUAGUUGCUCCGUUAGAACUUGAAAUAUGGGCUGGUCCUCUUCAAGGUGGUUCGCAAGCUGUCGUUUUAUUGAAUCGUGGUGAGAAUGAUAAUGAACAAAUCACUGUCAAUUGGACAGAUAUUGGUUUGCCCAUGAAUCAAGCAGCCACUGUGCGUGAUUUAUGGGCUCAUCAAGAUCUUGGAAUAUUCACAGGAAACUAUACAUCGUCGAAUAUUGCAUCACAUGCAGCUGUGAUGCUUAAUAUUACCCUCGUGAAGUAA